CUGCACUCGAGUACGGUCAAUCCCACGAUGGCUUUCCGAGUCCUCCUUCGUCUCUGCGAACUGCAUGGUCCAUAGAUGCCAUUUCUGAUUUCCCCUCUCAUUCAGCAGAGUCCGAGAAGCAAGCGAAAUGGACGAAGCUAAGGCAUUGGCUGCUCAACACCAACAACAGUUACUCCUACAACAGCACAAACAACAACAGCAACAGCAGCAACAAACUCAGCAGCACCAGCAAUUUCUUCUUCUUCAACAAUUUCAGAAACAGCAGCAGGCUCAGCAACAGGCUGCCGCUAUUUCUCGUUUUCCUUCCAAUAUCGAUGCCCAUUUGCGCCCACCGGGUCUUCAUCUCCGACCUGGAUCCAUUAACCUUCACCAAAACCCUAACCCUAAUCCAACCGCCUCCGUUUCUAAUUUGCAGUCUAACCCUAGCCCGAGUCAACCACCGUCUCAACAAUUGCAGCAACAGCAACAGCAACAACACCAGCUGCCGCAGAGGGUAAUGCGACCCGGGAACCAGGCGGAGCUUCAGAUGGCUUAUCAGGACGCUUGGCGCGUUUGCCAUCCUGACAUUAAGCGCCCCUUUGGUUCCCUUGAAGAUGCUUGCGAGAGGCUGCUCCCAUAUCAUGUGGUGGCUGACUAUGAGGCUGAAGAAGACGAUAGAAUCCUCGACUCUGAUCCAACGGGGCAAAUGCUGUCACGCUCACAACAGUGGGACCAUAACAUCUCGGCCAAAAUUUCUGAGUUCAUUGCCACUUUUGAGAAGCAGGUAUUGGCGUUCAACAUCAUAACUCGCAAAAGAGCAUUGGGGGAGUUCCGUUCCGAAGAAAGAUUGAUGUUUGAACAAGCUCUUAUGCAAGAAGAGAAACGGAACCUUCUGGAACUAAAAGCUGAGAUCGAGUUGAGAGGAAAGGCUAGCAAAGAGGCUCAUGAUGCCAAAACGCGGAUGGCUGCAAUGAUGCAGACAGACCAAACACGGAGUGAACCACAGGCCAAUGAAAUGAUGGUUCGAGCUUCCAUGAGAACAGGUGCGCACGUUGGAUCCCAAAGCAGCGAUGUUCCAGUUGGCCAUGGUGGUGGGGAGCAGGAGCAAGUUCAUCCAAACGAAAUGAUCAAUGGAUGGGGAAACAACACACAGGGAGAUGAGAAGGAAGCAUCAGAGGACUUAUUGAAUGAUGAGGAGGCUGAAAAUGGUGAUACGGGCAUGCACGAUAGUUGGCGCGAAGUUGGGGAAUUUGAUCUGAACUCAAGAUAAAAACGGUGGUGGAACAGCUUAACAAUGGAAUGAGUUAAAGUGAAGUCAGGUUGGAUGAAGAAAAAUGAUAAGGAUUUUAGUUGUUUUCUCCAAUCAGUGAGAAAUGGUUUGUCAACUCGUGCUGCAUAUUUGAGGAACGAGCCAAAAGCCAAAAGCCAAAUUGUCCAUUGAACUCGAAAGCGAUGGGUAUGUUGGAUCUUUUAGUAGAAAUACAUGUCUUAAUUGUACUUCUGUAUUGGUGAUAAAAUUACUACAAUUUCUAGAAAAAGAAUAUGCUUGGCUGAAAAAGCAGUAUGAUGUGUUAAAAAGAAGAUUUGAAAAGGAAGAAAUUGACGAGAAAGCUUCCUAAUACCUUGACUUCACUCUA